GCUGGUGCACGGGCUGCGCGGGAGGGGUGUGGGCGCCAGUCAGGGACCCCCGCGCGGUCAGCGCGCGCUGGGGCGGGAGCUGGGGCCCAGCCGCGCGGGCGCCCGGCACACGUGACCCGGGUGGCCAGUGGGCCGCGCCGGCGGGCUUCCGCCUGCGGCGGGUGCGUUCUUCCUGAGUAUCUGCUUCCCAGCAGGCCCAGCUAAGUUCUAGCCGUCAGUGACAGAGCCGGGCGCCGGCGGCCCGAGCCCUCCCGGCAGCACCAUGCCCGCGCUCCUGGAGCGCCCCAAGCUUUCCAACGCCAUGGCCAGGGCCCUGCACCGGCACAUCAUGAUGGAGCGGGAGCGCAAGCGGCAGGAAGAGGAAGAGGUGGACAAAAUGAUGGAACAGAAGAUGAAGGAAGAACAGGAGAGAAGAAAGAAAAAAGAGAUGGAAGAGAGAAUGUCACUAGAGGAGACCAAGGAACAAAUUCUGAAGUUGCAGGAGAAGCUUUUGGCCCUCCAGGAAGAGAAGCACCAGCUUUUCCUUCAGCUCAAGAAAGUUUUGCAUGAGGAAGAAAAACGGAGGCGGAAGGAGCAAAGUGACCUGACCACUCUGACAUCAGCUGCUUAUCAGCAGAGCCUGACAGUUCACACAGGAACUCACCUCCUCAGCAUGCAGGGAAGCCCUGGAGGACACAAUCGCCCAGGCACCCUCAUGGCAGCUGACAGAGCUAAACAGAUGUUUGGACCUCAAGUGCUUACGACCCGGCACUACGUGGGCUCAGCCGCUGCCUUCACAGGGACCCCAGAGCAUGGGCAAUUCCAGGGCAGCCCAGGUGGUGCCUAUGGGACAGCUCAGCCCCCUCCUCACUAUGGACCCACACAGCCAACCUACAGUCCUAGUCAGCAGCUCAGAGCACCUUCAGCAUUUCCUGCAGUGCAGUACCUAUCUCAGCCACAGCCACAGCCCUAUGCCGUGCACAGUCACUUUCAGCCCACCCAGACAGGGUUCCUCCAGCCGGGUGGUGCCCUGUCCUUGCAAAAGCAGAUUGAACAUGCUAACCAGCAGACUGGCUUCUCUGAUUCAGCUCUGCAUCCAGCCCCUGGACUCCUUGCCUCCCCUCAGCUCCCUGUGCAGAUGCAACCAGCAGGAAAGUCAGGCUUUGCCACUACCAGCCAAGCUGGUCCUCGGCUGCCUUUCAUCCAACACAGCCAGAAUCCUCGGUUUUACCACAAGUAAAGUGUGCCUUCAGCAUACCCUUCCCUUUCUCCAUGGGUGAGAGUCUCCUCCAGACCAAUAAAAUGUAUCUACCACUGUCCCCUGGCUGUUUGUUUUGCUUCCCAAAGCUCAGUCAGUACACACUCAAUUCAAAUAAGCAACUGAGUUGGGGCUUCAUAUUAAACUUGUAGUUUUAUUCAGGUUCGAUUUUAACAAAUGUGUCGGGGAGAGAGCCCACAGGAAAGGGUGAAGCCCAUGGGGGCAAGGUCCCCUCCCUCCCUUCUCUUUCCCUCCCCCCAUACAAAGGGGUUUGGGAGACACAGACAGGGGAGGGGACUGGUCCCCAAUCUGCGGUGCUUGGGGUAAUGGGCUGUGGAGAUGGGACCAGACCAGGGACAGGGUGGGGGGGGGGGGGCAAAAGAAUCAUUUGCCAGAAUCCUCAGCAUUCUGAUUCCAAUUGAAUUAAAAAAAAAAACAAAACAACUCCCCCC